AUGAUAAAAAGAUGGCUGACUAUUAGUGGGUCUAGUAAAAAGAAAAACAAGGAGGAAAAUGCCUCAUCUAACUAUAAUAAACCUUCAUAUAACAGCACUACUUCAACAAAUACAAUUACAACAACUUCGACAAAUAAUGGCAAUUCAAAUGAAACUACUUCUAGGGGAAGACCGUAUUUGAGUAUUGAUAGUCAAAAAUUCAAAAAAUCAAAUUCUUUAAACCAAUCAAUGGAAUCAAUCCAUUCAUAUAGUGAAAAGCCAAUGAAUACGUCAACUAUAGAAGAAAAAGCAAGACUUCAUGAACAAAUGUUACAUCAAUAUAACUCUAAUCAUGCAAUGAAAAAUAAUUCACAACAGUUAAAUAGAAAUAAUGUUAAUGCUCAAAAUAACUUGCCUACUCAAGUGUCUAUCGAAUCACCACGAUUGUCUCCUUUUGAUUCGUCAUUAAAUGACCAUUUUAAUAAACGGUAUUCUCAUAGUAUUGGUAAUAACAUAAACAACAGUAACAUGAAUAAUAGUAUUGAUAUAACUGAUAAUUCUUAUUUAAAUGUUAAUGACGAUACUGCAAUUGAUAAAUCUACUCCAACAAAAUCUAAUUACAUAGAUUAUUCGGAUAUUAAUAACAAGAUAUCAAAUACGGUUUAUCCGCAUAUAAAUCAUAAAUAUACUGAUGACGAUGAUGGUGUUGUUGAUGCUAAAAAUAUCCAAUUGAACAAUAAAGUUAAUGAAGUAAGUUUAAAUGAUAAAGUUAAUGCCGCUGCAAGUUUAAAUAAUAAAGUUAAUGAAUUAAGUUUAAAUGAUAAGGUUAAUGAAUUAAGUUUAAAUGAUAAGGUUAAUGAAGUAAGUUUAAAUGAUAAGGUUAAUGAAGUAAGUUUAAAUAGUAAAGUUAACGAAUUCAGCUGGAAUAAUGUUGGAGAUAACUUAAAUAACACCAAUACUGGUUUUAAUAAGGCCCAUACUGAUAGUUUGAGCAAAUCUAAUGGUGUUAAUUUAAAUAGUCAUUCUCAAGCAGCUACUAUUACCCAAACCCUUUCUUCUACAGCUAUAGAGCCAUAUACUCUUCACCAGACUACAGAUAACAAAAAUAUUCCCAAAGAAAAUCCUAUGGAACCAAUUAGGCCAGCUCAAAAUGGUUACCAAAAUCCAAUUAUUACACCUCAAAAGCAACCUGAUGUAGAGGCUCAUGAUUUUCAAAAUAAACAAAGAUCCUAUUCCCAAACAUCAAUUACUCCUACAACGAAAUUCGAAAGUCCUAAUUCUAAAAUUACUACUACUCAACAAACGAAGUUUAUUAGGCCUGAACUAAAUGUGCAACAUACAGUACCUCUAAUUCAAACUUCAGCAUACCAUUCAUCACCCAAAGCAAGCACAAAUCCCUUUCACUCUUCUAAUAUUGAAUCGGCUCAAAUAAAUACUCCUUCAAUGAUAAAUACCGAAAGAUCAGCUUCAAUAAUUCCCACUAUUACAACAAUUGAUCAUAACCAUUCAGCAUUACAACCAAGGACAAAUCCUUUAAUCCCAUUUGGUGAUGGUUCAAAUAAAGUAUUUGGCUAUGAGAAUUUUGGUAAUACUUGCUAUUGUAAUUCUGUAUUGCAAUGUUUGUAUAACAUGACUAAUUUACGUACUAAUAUAUUACAGUUUCCACCAAGACCAAUAUCAACAAAUGAAAACAUGAAUUCCAGCCAUAAUAAUAAUAGUAAUAAUAAUAACACUCAAAUAUUUAAUAGACAUAGAAAAAAUGAAAUGAAGGGGAAGACCCCAAGAAUAUUUACCGAGGCAAGUUUUGAUAAAAAAAAUAAUGCUAACAAUAAUAGUAAUAGUAAUAGCACUGAUAGUCAUAAGAAUCAAAAUGAUGCUUCAACCUCUAAUUCGAAAGAUCAUCCUAGUACAGCUAGCACACAAGUUUUAUUAACUGCAGAUACUAUUAUUACUGAAACAGCAACAAAGAGAGGACAUGUUAUUGUUGGUAGAGCCGAUAAAAAAUUGUUCCAUGAUUCCCACAAUAAUACACCAGUUAUACUUACUGCUCCUCCUAAUGCAGUUAUAGCUGAUAAUACAAACUCUACAAUUAUUAGUAACACGGAAAACAAUGGUAAUAUGCAGAAAGAAAACAACGGUUCCGCACAAUAUACAGGUACUACCAUAAAUUCUACCAUCAGUAAAACUAUUUCAACACAAACAUCAUCAUCUAUUUAUAAUUGGGAUCAUGAUGAAAGAUUACCAAGUGAAUCAAGAAAGAAAACUGCAUUGAUUAGAGGGCCUGUACUAAACAUUGAUCAUUUGUUGAAUGAAUCAGGUAAGUCAAACUUAUAUAAUGGGUUGAAAGAUAUAUUUGAAUGUAUCACUGAAAAUCAUUAUUUAACCGGUAUUGUUUCUCCUGUAGAAUUUGUGGAAAUUCUUAAAAGGGAUAACAUUCUCUUCAAUUCAAGAAUGCAUCAAGAUGCACAUGAAUUUUUAAACUUUCUAUUAAAUGAAUUAAGUGAUUACAUGAUAAAAUGUAUUAAUGAAGAAAAUUUAAAAAAGACUAUUGCAAAUAACCCUAACACUGAUACUCAUAAUACUUUGACUCAAUCUCACACAUCAAAUAACCAACAAGAAGAGGAUAACAACUUACCACGAAUGUCCGAUUUUAUUUCAGAUUUAUUUAGAGGUACAUUGAUCAAUAAAACCAGAUGUUUAACUUGUGAUAAUGUAACUUCACGUGAAGAACCAUUUUUGGAUUUUCCAAUUGAAGUUAAGGAUGAUACUGAGACAAAUAUUCAAACUGAAUUAAAAAGUUACCAUCAAAGAGAAAUGUUAAAUGGUUCAAAUAAAUUUUAUUGUGAUGAAUGUGGUGGUUUACAAGAGGCGGAAAGAAUAGUGGGAUUAAAACAACUUCCGAAGACUUUAUCAUUACAUUUGAAAAGAUUCAAAUACUCUGAAGAGCAAAAUUGCAAUAUUAAAUUAUUCAAUAAAGUUAAUUAUCCCUUAUAUUUAGACGUAUCUUCUAGUUUUAAUCCAAAUAUUAAUAAGAGAUAUGAAUUAAAUGGUAUUGUCGUUCAUAUGGGUGGUGGUCCACAGCAUGGCCAUUAUGUUGCUAUUUGUAAAAAUGAUAAAUUUGGUUGGUUAUUGAUGGAUGAUGAAACGGUUGAAACUAUUAGUGAAGAAACUGUGUUAAGGUGUAAAGGUGAUUCGAAAGAUUUAACAACUGCAUACGUUUUAUUUUAUAAAGAAUGCACUCCUCUAAAUUCAUCCGAAGAGGAAGAAAAGCAAUUCAAAGAAGAAACUAAGAAGAGAAUUGAUGAUAAUAUCAGACACCUAGUUACAGUCGAUAAACAUAUGAGAGAACGCUUAAAGAAAAAAUCAGUUGCAAGCGUCCAUAGUUCAAGUGAUGAUGUUGAUGAAAAGAUACUGAUGGUUAACGGUAAUGGUGGUACUGCGUUAACCUCUAAUAAUGCAUCCAAUAGUCCAAAUCCUAACGUUAAGCAAACUAAGAGAAAAUCUAGAUUAUUGAGCUUUUACAAAAAAUCUAAAUGA